ACCGCGGGCAUCCUGCUGCAUCCAAGGAGUAGUCUGUGGCCUAGACUCAGUUACGAAAACUUUCCGUCACAGUCGUCUUUGUAGCGGGUCUAUAGUUUGUCGUAUUUUUUUCUGAAUCUUUGAUCGUUGAAUAAGUGCGAUUAGAAUUUAAAAAAAAAUUAACAGUGAAAAUAGGUAGCUUGACGGUAACAUAGAGAAUGCAUUUCACAUUUUCAAAACACGCCAUUCAAACGCUAAUUUGUAUUUACGAAAAGUACCCGGAGUGUUAUGACUCCAACCUCCCAGCAUAUAGAAAGAAACAUAUUAAACGAACUAAAAUGCAACAAAUUCAUGAUGAAUUUAAAGAGGUAUAUCCUGAAGCUACGCUGGAAGAUGUACAGAAAAAAAUUGCCAAUUUGAGAACUCAAUAUUUCAAUGAAUCGAAGAAAAGAAGGAAAUCAAUGUUGUCUGGCAAUGGGCAAGAUGAUAUCUAUAAACCUAGCUGGUGGUGCUUUGAUUUACUCACAUUUUUGGUUGUAAAUAAUGCAAGGGAAAACGGGGAAUCAAAUUUACCACCGCAGGAAGAGGAAAAAAUUUACGUGGACGAAAAAUCGUGGGAGGAAGAUAUUAAGAUCCAAAUGCUUAACAGUGACCCCCUUUCCCCAGUUCCGCUUUCGAGUUCCUCAAGCGCAGGAUGUAGUUUUCAAAACAUGGAAAGGGAACAGUCAAUAUAUGAUUCCAACUCUAUACCAGAACCAAGAGCUAUAAAGAAAUCACAUUCUUCAGAAAAUCUACUACCGGCAGCUACAGAAGCAGUAAAUGGGUCUCGGAAUACUUCAGUUGACCAGUUAGAGGCGUUUGGGAC